AUGGAUUCUCAACGCCCUCUGCAGAAUGGCCAUGCCAGGUCAGAGUCUGACAGGGCAGAUGAGAUUGCCAAGUUGAACCAGCAACUCACUAGCGCCAUGUACCUAUCUGGUUUUCAUGGCGAUGCCCUCAUUGGAGAUAAGCAGAAGCUGAGCGUUGGCAUCCUGAAUGACCUCAAGCGCAUAUUUACAUUCGAUAAUGCACCCGACAUUAUUGACAUCAUCUUCAACCUCUUGACAGGGCGGCGCAGCCAGAUGAAAACCGGAGCCAAGCUCGUUGCAUCCAUGUCAAAUGACAGCAAGCUCCGAGGAAAGCUCAUUGAGGGUUCAGUCAAGACCAAAUACGAGCGCAUGCUUCACCCGCCUUUGACUUACCUCGGCUCAGCGUUCAAGUACAGAACAGCCGAUGGCAAGUUCAACAGUGCUCUGAACCCUCAGCUUGGUCAAGCUGGUGCUCCCUACGCCAAGACAGUCCCUUCCAAGACACACCCCUUGGGAGCUUUGCCAGAUCCCUCUGAUCUCUUUGAUCGUCUCAUGGCUAGAGAUGAGGGAGGCCGAAACAGCGGUUCUGGUCUGUCCAGCAUGCUCAUUUACCAUGCCACUAUCAUCAUUCACGACAUCUUCCGCACAAACGACAGCGACAAGAAUAUCUCAGAUACAUCAUCAUACCUGGAUCUUUCCCCCUUGUACGGUUUCACCGAUGAGAUGCAGCGCAAGGUCCGUGACGACAAGUACAAGCUUGGCCUUCUCAAGCCCGAUACUUUUGCCGAAGACAGGCUUCUUCGACAGCCUCCUGGAGUGUGCAUCUACCUGGUUAUGUACAACCGUUACCACAACUACGUCGCCACUCAGCUUCGUCGUAUCAACGAGAAUGGACGAUUCUCGGUGCCACACAAGUAUGAAACGGCCCCUCUCGCUGGCUGUGCCAAGGAGUACGCCAAGGGUGAGCAUGCGCCGACCAAUGCGGAGCUGACGAAGUAUACGGAUGCUUGGAAGAAGCAAAAGUCGUCAGAAGAGGAGAAGUCUCCUGAGAAGGAGAAGUCUUCUGAGCCUGAAGAGAAGACUAAGGACACUAUUGAGUUUGAGAGGCUGACCAAGGUACUUCGCGACAAGCUCGACGCUGCUCUCGGCGUCACCCAGGCAGAGCAGACUCUUGAUGCCUGGACCAAGGGUCACACAGAUGCUUGGAACAAGCUUGACGAUGACCUGUUCCACACUGCCCGACUAAUCACCUGUGGCAUGUACAUCCAGAUCUCGAUCCAUGACUACCUCCGCGCACUCAUGGGCUUCCACAACUACAACACCAACUUCACCCUGGACCCUCGUCUAGACAUGAAGGACCACAAGAACGUGUCUCGCGGCCUGGGCAACCAAGUCACAGUCGAGUUCAACCUGCUCUACCGAUUCCACUGCGCCAUCUCUCAAAAGGACGAGAAGUACGCCGAGGAUUUCAUGCAGCAGUACUUUGGCAAGGACGGCUCGUGGAACGCCAAGGAUCUCUCCCUCAAAGAGUUCAUGGAGGAGAUGGGCAAGGCUCGAGCUAGGGACGCAGGUGUCCCGCCGAAGGAGCCGUGGGAAGAGACUUUUGGUCUUCCUCUGACCGAGGAGUUGUGCUUCAAGCGAAACAAUGUUACUGGGCUGUUCAACGAUCAGCAGAUGGUUGACGAGCUGACAAAGGCUAUGGAUGAUCCUAUCUCCAACUUUGGUCCCAGGAACGUCCCCAAGUGCCUGAAGGCUGUCGAGAUCCUCGGCAUCUUGCAAGCCCGCAAAUGGGAAAUUGGCACGCUCAACGACUUCCGUGACUUCUUUGGCAUGGAACGCCACAAGACCUUUGAGUCCAUCUCUAAGCACAAGGACGUUCAGGACGCUCUGAGAGACCUGUAUGACCACCCAGACAAGGUGGAACUCUACCCAGGUGUCUUCUGCGAGUCUGACGGUAACAUGGGCGCGGAUCCUGGCCCGAGCGAUGUCGACUCGGCGUUGUGGGCGGCCAUCUUCUCGGAUGCCAUCACCUUGGUCCGAUCCGACCGCUUCUACACUGUCGAUUGGAACACCAACGCGUUGACCAACUGGGGCAUGAAGGAGGUCACCCCCGACAACGACGUGCUCAAGAGCUCCAUGUUCCACCGCCUACUCCAGCGUGCAUUCCCCGAGUGGUACCCCUACAACUCGAUCCGCUUCUUCCACCCCUUCUACACGGCUAAGAAGAACGCCGAGCUCGCCAAGCAGCAGGGUUUUGCCGACGAGUUUGACAUGAAGGUCAAGACCAAGUCGACCAACUGGUUGGGCAAGCCCACUGCGUUCGAGUACGACACCGCCGACUCGGACCCUAGACGUCCGUCGAAGCCUGUGUACUUGUUCAAGAAGUCAGAGAUCAAGCAGAUCCUUGAAGACCGCUCGGAUAACAUUGUUCAUCCGGCGCGGCUUAGGCUGAAGGACUUCCCGGAUGAGAUCGCUGCUGUUCUGAAGCCUGGCCAGGGAGCAAGCGAUAAGGAUACAGUCUCGACGGACAAUACCACGCCCUCGGAUCAUGAGGCUAUUGUCAAGUAUCUGGUUGAUCUCAUGAGAGAUAUCAUCAAGCGCGAGUUCAUCAUUAUGGACAAGAGCAAGGGAGUCUAUCAGCUUGAUGUCGUUCGAGACUUCGCCAUCCCCGUCGUCACUCGCUACGUCGCUGACUUCCUUGGCUUUGGCCAUCUCGUCCAGAGUGACAAGAACGACAAAGCCCCGUACUCCGAGAACGAAGUCUACCAGCACAUCACCAACUGCCAAGUCUUCCUAUCUUACAACAGCGAUGAGACCAAGCUUCUCAAGAGACGCAAGGCCUUCAAGGACUCCAUGACCUUCCUCCUCAACCUGACUAAGAAGGGCAACAUUUGCAACGCGGCUCGCUGGCCCCCUACGCGUUGGAUCCGCAACGGACUGGGAUUCAUCACAUCUUGUGGCAAAUCCGGGUCAAACCCCAUGGAGGCUCUUGGUUUCAAGGUUGCUCAAGAAGUUCUCAAGAACGAGAAGAACGCUGGUAGAGCUGCUGCUAUCCUUCUCCUGACUGGUCUCGACAGCGCCUACAACACGGUCCUUGCGUUCACUUCGGUGAUGGACACAUUCCUCCGAGAACUCUACGAAGGCAAGCCAAGGCCCGGAUCUGGAGCUAAGCAUCCCCAAUGCGACUGGUUCGACAUCCAGGAUGUGGCUUUUGACGACAGCAAAGAUGCCCAUGACAAGGUCAAGAAGAUUGUGCUCAAGGUGCAGAAGGCCAGCGUCAAGUUGCCCAUCAUCCGCAAGGCUACGGAGCCCUUCACAUACAAACGUGCGGAUGGUAAACUGGAGACCAUCGCAACCGGCUCGACUGUUAUCUGUGACAUUAACAGGGCAGAGAAGGCCGACAAAUCCGGCAACGACAGCGAAACGAGCUACCUUUCUUACUGCUCAAGCUUCUCUGAGGCAUUCUACAUCAAGUAUCACCCCAAGCACGUCGCUGCUCUCAGUCUCGUCACCAUGGUCAAGGUUCUCGCACAGCUCAAGAACCUGCGACGUGGUCACGAUACGCAGGGUAUGAACAAGAAGAUCAACAUCGACGCGUCCUCAGAGGGAUACUCUAACUACAUGGCUCCCAUGCGCAUGUCGGAGAUCCAGAUGAAGGUCGCCAAGAUGGAGAAUGAUGCUUCCGAGGAGGAGAAGAAGGAACUUUCUAGGCUUUUCAACGAACGGCCCAUGAGGCCUGCCGUGUCUACUUACCUGACGCCUGAGUGGGACGAGAUGCUCCCAUUCCCGACCACAUGGAAGCUCCGCUUCAACGGCUAUGGAGUCUCAGACUACAGCAACGACGACUGGGCGGUGCUGAGAGUCUACAAGCUCCGAGACGACAUCCAGCCCAUGUACCAGCCCAAGGGCCCCAGCGACGUGGGCGGCUCCUUCGCCACUCCAGUGUGCGUCUGCGAAAUUGCAGGAAAGCAAUGCCACUGCAACGACAAGGACAAGAAGGAGAAGAAGGAUGGAGACUGCAAGGUUGAUCCGUCAGCUCCUCCUUGCGACCACCUCAAUAUCCACAAGCCGGCAACCUCGGGAUGCAAGUUGGCUUGA